UUAGUGCCCCUUCAGUAUUUCAUUUCAGCGCAAAAACUUCGGAAUCUGCCGUCGCGAAUAUCACUGCAGACGUCCACGCUAUCUGAAUGACCGGCGACCUGCAGUUCAACAACCAAGAUAGCGAACAAAACAGUAACAUGGGGACCUUGAAGAAGAAUGCUGAGGCGGAAUUGGCGCAUGUUUUCCGUAGUGAGAAAUGUAGGCAAGAUGAGUGAAAUCGGGCAACGGCUUGGUUCUGUGUUGGAAAAAGUCAGAAGUGCGGGACGAGAAAGGCCUCAGGAGCUGCAAUACUCAGUGCCAAGAUUGGUAGCUGUGUCGAAAACCAAGCCAGUGAAAGAUAUCAUUGAAGCAUAUCAUGCAGGACAGAGAGUGUUUGGUGAAAAUUAUGUUAAUGAGCUUGUGGAAAAGGCCAUGGACCCAAAGCUGCUGGAGCUGUGCCCGGACAUUCGCUGGCACUUUAUCGGCCGUCUGCAGCGAAACAAGGUCAGCAAAGUGGCCCGACUAGCGGCGCUGAGUAUGGUGGAGACGCUCGACUCGCCGCGACUGGCCGACGCUCUCAACGCCGCCCGAGAGAAGGCCGACCUCGACCCGCUCGGCGUCAUGGUGCAGGUCAACACCAGCGGCGAACAGAGCAAGGGCGGUGUCCAGGCGGUGGAGGUGGCGUCGCUGGUACGUCACGUGCAACAGCAGUGUCCCGCCCUGGUCUUGACCGGCCUGAUGACCAUCGGCGCGUACAACCAUGACAUGGCCAUCGGACCCAAUCCGGACUUUGAGCGGCUCCUGAGGUGUCGCGAGGAGGUCUGCAAGGAGCUCGACCUGAGUCCCCGGCACAUGGAGCUCUCUAUGGGCAUGUCGGCCGACUACGAGCACGCGAUAUUAGUGGGCAGUACAAACGUGCGCGUGGGCAGCGAGAUAUUCGGCGUGCGCCAGUACAAGGGCACGUCGAGCAGCGCUGAGCCGGCAGCGCCGACACCGGGCCCGGCCGGCGUUGACGCCCUGCCACCGGCCGGGCCGGCGGACGGUGCCGCUGGUGCCGCCGCCGGCACGCAGUCGGCACAAGCCCGCCUCUCGGCCGUCCAGUGAUCCGGCGGCCAUCCAUGCGUGGGAGGCCGUCUGCCGACAGAGGCCGCUCGCACGAUAGCCACGUUGGUAUGAGAAGUAGGCGGUGUGGGGUGGCAUGGCCUCCGGAUCAGAGUAUAACUUGCCAAGGAUGUGCUGGAAACGUAUUUUGUAAUAUAAACGGUGCGCGAU